GUUACGUCUUAACGCAGCACUGCUGCAGAUUCAGUUGCGUAGCAGGUUAGGUUCUGUCUGUGUUUGGUGUCUCGUUACAAAGGGGAGCAUGUGAUGGGCAGGAGAGAGAGAAAGAGAGAGAGAGAGAGAGAGAGAAAUUGAGGAUGGUGGUGGGGAGGUGUGUAAAGCACAGGAAAGGACAACUAUGACCACAACCUGUAGAAAGCUACUUCAAGGGCACAGAGCACACAAGCCUGAGAACGGAAGAAUUUCACUGCCUCACUGACACAAACCAAAGUCACAGCUUUUCUUUGCUCCAGUGGUUUAGGCUUACUCUGCUCACAAGGACCCAGUGGUUGCCAGAGGGUCCCUGAUGGUCUCUAUGCCUGUGUGGCCAGGACUUUAAACACCAAUAGCAGAACACAGAGAUGGCUGAGGCACACCAGGCAGUAGGCUUCCAGUUCACUGUGCGGCCAGAUGGUGUAGACUUUAAACUGAGUCGAGAAGUCAUCAAAAACAUCUACCUAUCAGGAGUGACAGCAUGGAAGAAGAAAGCCAUUCGGUUCAAGAAUGGUAUACUGGCAGGAGUCUACCCUGCCAGUCCAUCCAGUUGGCUGAUUGUCGUGAUUGCCAUGAUGAGUUCUUUAUAUAUCCACAUAGACCCCUCACUAGGAAUGAUGGAUGUCAUCAAGGAAAAUCUACCAUACCGAGAUCAUGUCUCAGUGCAGACACGAGCGGUGGUGAGUGCCAUCCUGUUUGCCACGGGACUGUGGCUGUUCCUCAUCUACCUCUUGAGAUACACUCUCAAAGCUCUGUUGUCCUAUCAUGGAUGGAUUUUUGAAUCCCAUGGAAAAAUGAGCACAUCAACCAAAGUGUGGCUGUGCCUGGUAAAGAUGUUCUCUGGACGCAGACCAUUGCUCUACAGUUUCCAGGCCUCCUUACCCAGACUCCCUGUGCCCAGUGUGGAUGACACAGUUCACGGGUACCUUGAGUCAGUUCGGCCUCUGCUGGACAAUGAACAGUACAAUAAAAUGGAGAUUUUGGCCAAUGAUUUUAAAGAAACCGAGGCAGCCCAGCUGCAGAGAUACCUAAUCUUGAAAUCAUGGUGGGCAACAAAUUAUGUAAGUGACUGGUGGGAGGAGUACAUUUACCUCAGGGGCAGGAGCCCUAUCAUGGUCAAUAGUAACUUCUAUAUAAUGGACCUCCUGUACAUGACUCCAACACACCGUCAGGCUGCAAGGGCAGGAAAUGUGGUCCAUGCCAUGUUGCAAUACAGACGCAAACUGGAACGUGGUGAACAUGCACCGUUAAGGGCUUUAGGAACAGUUCCUAUGUGUUCCACUCAAAUGGAGAGGAUGUUCAACACCACUCGCAUCCCUGGCAUUGAAACAGAUAUUGUGCAGCACCUGACUGAUCGUAAACACCUGGUUGUAUUCCACAAGGGUCGGUUCUUUCAGGUGUGGCUUUACACUGGAGGGCGCCACCUCUUGCCCAGUGAACUUGAGACACAGUUUCAAAGGAUCCUCAAUGAUACAUCAGAACCCCAACCAGGAGAACUCAAACUAGCUGCCCUGACAGCAGGACACAGGGUCCCAUGGGCUCUGGCUCGGAUAAAAUAUUUUAACCGGGGAGUAAACAAAGUAUCCCUGGAUGCCAUUGAGUCAGCUGCCUUCUUCCUGACACUGGAUGAUGAGCCACAGGGUUACGAUCCUGCAAGGAGCAAUUCACUUGAUAGUUACGCCAAGUCCCUGCUGCAUGGAAAAUGUUAUGACAGGUGGUUUGACAAAUCCUUUACCUUGAUCUCUUAUCCAAAUGGAAAAAUGGGUGUAAAUGUUGAACAUUCUUGGUCUGAUGCACCAAUUGUAGGACACAUGUGGGAGUAUGUUCUUGCAACAGACUGUUUCCAUCUUGGUUACACUGAGGAGGGACACUGUAAAGGGGAUGUGAACAAGAACCUGCCUUAUCCCACUCGAUUACAGUGGCAUAUUCCAAAUGAGUGCCAAGAUGUCAUUGAGACAUCAUACCUCUUGGCCAAGCAUAUAGCUGAUGAUGUGGACUUCCAUGGCCAUCUGUUUACUGAGUUUGGGAAAGGCCUAAUCAAGAAGUGCAGGACAAGCCCUGAUGCCUUUAUUCAGCUGGCCCUGCAGCUGGCCCAGUUUAGGGACCAGAGGGUGUUCUGUCUGACGUACGAGUCAUCGAUGACUCGCAUGUUCAGAGAUGGGCGGACAGAGACGGUACGCUCCUGCACUUCUGAGGCAGUUGCAUUUGUCAGAGCCAUGGAGGACGCUGGUGAGACGAAUGCCCAGAGACUUGCUCUGUUUCGGAAAGCAGCAGAAAAACAUCAAAACAUGUAUCGUCUGGCCAUGACGGGUUCUGGGAUUGAUCGUCACCUUUUCUGUCUCUAUAUAGUAUCUAAAUACCUUGGUGUCGACUCACCAUUUCUUAAGAAGGUGCUUUCAGAGCCCUGGAAGUUGUCCACCAGCCAGACUCCACAACAGCAGCUCAAUUUAGUUGACAUCAACAAGUUCCCUAAAUAUGUGGGUGCUGGAGGUGGAUUUGGCCCUGUUGCUGAUGAUGGUUAUGGUGUGUCUUAUAUCAUUGUUGGGGAAAACCUCAUCACAUUCCACAUCUCCAGCAAGUUCUCCAGUCCUGACACAGACUCAUAUCGGUUUGGUCAGCAAAUUCGACAGGCCAUGCUUGACAUCCAAGCUCUUUUCAAGCCUGAAAAUGAUAAGAUAGGAGAGAAUGCAAAGUAUAUCCAUCUGGAAAAUGGGAAGAAGCACAUAUAACAGACAGUGUGGGAGGGUAUGUUGGAUUUGGAGCACGUACAACCUGUGACUCAGUCUUCAUUCAUAAAAGUAAAACAAGGUUCUGGGGACAGGUUAGGCUACUCUGGUGAGUCACAGAACAGGAGCUGGGCAUUCCUCUCAGAUAAAAACAACAGUUGUGACACCUCUGUGUUUUUCCUAUUUAUACUGUAUUUCUCAGAGAUGCUUUGGUGUUGGUGGGGUAAAUAAAGGAUAUUUUUGAAAAUAGUUCCUCAUAUACACAUACCAGAAGGACUGUAUAUAAAUCUGUAAAAAAAUAAAUAAAUCUGUAUUUAUUCAUGA